AUGGCGUCUCCGUCCACGCCGCCGUCGUCGUCUUGGGUCAUCCUAGGCAGCAUCCCACGUGUGUCCACGGCGGCGGACGUCGGCGACGCCUCCGUCGCGCUCACGGCGCCGCCGCGCGUCUCCAUCCUCACCGUGUCCCCGCGCGUCUUCCCGAAUCCCCCAACGCCCCACUUCUUCCCCUUCGUCCUCGCCGCCGACCCUUCCGGCAUGCUCCUCCUCCAGGCCAACCUGCGCUGCACCCCGACCCGUGAAGCCAUCGACCGUCCCUACACCAAGUCCGUCAGCUGGAAAUUAGACGACCGGCGCUACUUCGUCCUCGACGCGACCACCUGCUCCGCGUUCCAGCUUCCCGACCCCGCGGCAACCAUCCUGCACCAGGCCCUCCUCGGCCUUGUCGUCUCCCCUGGCGGAGGCGGCCACUACAUGGUCGCGGAGCUCCAGCCCAUCGUCGGCAUGGAUACGGCCACGCUCCUCUGCUUCUCUUCGGAGGUUGGGGAGUGGGUCGAGAAGCACGUCCAUUACCCUCUCCCGCCCCGGCCGUGGGCUGCCAUCUGCGUGCUCUCGCACCUCGGGAGGCUCUGGUGGGUCGACAUCUCAUGGGGCGUCAUCACCUGCGACCCCUUCGCCGACGAGCCGGUCCUGGGAUUCAUCCCGCUCCCUGCAGAGAGGGUGCUCAAGUGCAGGGAGGGUUGGGGAGUCGCCGACAAGUACCGCUGCGUUGGGGUGAGCGGCGCCAAGCUGCGUUUCGUGGACCUGUACCCUCGUAGCGAGUGCGCUCCCAAUGUCGCCGUGUGGACUCUGGCCGAUCCAGAAUCCAAGGAGUGGACGCUGGAGCACGAGGCGAGGUUUACUGAGAUCUGGGCCGAUGAGAGCUACCAGGCGACCGGACUGCCCAACAAGAUUCCCGUACUCGCCCUGAUUCACCCCAGGAACCCCGACGUGGUGUACUUCUUUCUAGAAGAGCACCUCUUCGGUGUUGACGUGCGUGCUCUGAAGGUGGUGGAGUGCGAGGUCUAUGGGCUGGUUGCGCCGCCGAGCUGCUGCAUCGCCAGCCGCUUCGUCCGUGCAUGGGAGCUGCCGCGGGCACUCUCCUCAGGUAAUGAUACCAUCAUCCCUUCCCCUGUUUUUGUGUCUGUUUUCUGUUGGAACUGGACUGAUGGCAUCAACUUGGCUGAAGAAACCUACACGCGACCAUACAAGCCGUCGCCAGGGGACUACCACUUGGUGGGAGAUUUCAGGCAGACAUUCAUAGGAUGA